CAAACGCAAGUUUUUUGGCUUCUUUCUUGUCGUACUGUUACGGCAUGCCCCAGUAACCCGGAGUGGUCUGCCGGUCGACUCCCGGUGGACGACCAGUCCCUCCGACAUCGAUUGGUCGCCCUUAGAGCACCCAAUCCGAUGGACAUGAACGCGUGCACGGGUCAACCGGUGUGAGUCCCUACGGCGGAGGAGGGUGGGACCGGCUCCCGCAGGGGGCGCCAGGCGGCGGCGGUGGCGACGGCAGCGAACGGGGUAGAGACGGUGGGGCGAGCCGGAACCGGAAAUGGCUGCGAGGUGGCUCCUGCUGGCGCUCCUCGCCGCCCACGCCGCGGCUCUUCCUGAUAUCAUUAGGAUAGGCGGGCUGUUUCAUCCGUCGGACGACAAGCAAGAAGUGGCCUUUCGUUACGCCGUGGAAAAGAUCAACGCCAACCGGGACAUCCUGCCCAAGUCUCGUCUCAGCGCCCAGAUUGAGCAGAUAAAACCGCAGGACAGCUUUCACGCCUCGAAGCGGGUGUGUCACUUACUUCGGAGCGGGGUCGCGGCGAUUUUUGGGCCCCAGAGCGCUCACACCGCCUCGCAUGUGCAAAGCAUUUGCGACACUAUGGAAAUUCCGCAUCUGGAAACACGCUGGGACUACCGACUCAGACGGCAGAGCUGUCUCGUCAACCUUUAUCCGCAUCCCACCACCCUCUCCAAGGCGUACGUUGAUUUAGUGAAAGCCUGGGGCUGGAAGAGCUUUACCAUCAUCUACGAGAACAACGAAGGACUGGUGCGGCUGCAGGAACUCCUGAAGGCACACGGGCCCAGUGAAUUCCCUAUCACGGUCCGGCAACUCAGCGAGGGCUCCGAAUACCGGCCGAUGCUGAAGCAGAUAAAGAACUCGGCGGAGUCGCAUAUUGUACUGGAUUGCUCCACCGAGAGGAUUUACGACGUGUUGAAACAGGCGCAGCAAAUAGGGAUGAUGAGCGACUAUCACAGUUACCUCAUCACCUCUCUGGACCUGCACAGCGUCGACCUGGAGGAAUUCAAGCACGGCGGGACCAAUAUCACUGCCUUUCGAUUAGUGGACCCGGAGAAGCCAGAAAUUCAGAAGGUCGUGCAAGAUUGGAUCUACGGCGAGAAACGUUAUAAUCGGGAGCUCGAUAUGGGACAAAGCUCGAACAAGAACAACCUCACCUGCAUAAAGACUGAGACGUCGCUGAUGUACGACGCCGUACACUUGUUCGCCAAAGCGCUCCACGACCUCGACACCUCGCAGCAGAUCGACAUCAACCCACUCUCCUGCGAGUCCACCGACACGUGGCCUCACGGGUACUCGCUGAUCAAUUAUAUGAAAAUCGUUGAAAUGACGGGGCUCACAGGCAUCAUCAAGUUCGAUCACCAGGGUUUCCGCUCGGACUUCAUCUUAGAUAUCAUCGAACUGAACAACAAGGAAGGACUGAAGAAAAUAGGAACCUGGAACAGCACGAAGGGGAUCAACUUCACGAGAAGUUACAAGGAGGAAUACACUCAAAUUGUAGAGAAUCUGCAAAACAAGACUUUCAUCGUAACAACCAUACUGAGCGCGCCGUACUGCAUGAGGAAGGACUCGAGCGAGAAGCUUACCGGAAACGCGCAGUUCGAGGGGUACAGCGUCGACCUGAUAUACGAGAUAUCGAAGAUCCUCGGCUUCAAUUACACAUUCCGGCUGGUGACCGACGGUCGUUACGGCUCUUACAACAAGCAGACCAAAGAGUGGGACGGCAUGAUGAAAGAAUUGCUCGAUCAGAAAGCGGACCUAGCGAUCGCCGAUCUCACCAUCACGUACGAUCGGGAGCAGGCUGUCGACUUCACCAUGCCGUUCAUGAAUCUCGGUAUCAGUAUACUGUACCGUAAGCCUAUAAAGCAACCGCCGAAUCUGUUCUCCUUCCUGAGCCCCCUGAGCCUCGACGUUUGGAUUUAUAUGGCGACAGCUUAUCUGGGCGUCUCCGUGCUACUCUUCAUACUCGCCAGAUUCACCCCGUACGAGUGGUACAAUCCUCAUCCGUGCAACAAAAACCCGGACCAUCUGGAGAACCGCUUCAAGCUGCUCAACUGCAUGUGGUUCACCAUCGGAUCUUUAAUGCGACAGGGCUGUGACAUUCUGCCCAAGGCCGUGUCGACUCGCAUAGUGGCGGGGAUGUGGUGGUUCUUCACUUUGAUCAUGAUUUCUUCGUACACUGCCAACUUGGCCGCGUUCCUCACCGUCGAGAGGAUGGAUUCGCCGAUCGAGAGCGCGGAGGAUCUCGCAAAGCAGACGAAAAUCAAAUACGGCGCCCUCAAAGGAGGCAGUACCGCCGCCUUUUUCAGGGAUUCCAAUUUCUCGACGUACCAGCGUAUGUGGUCCUUCAUGGAUUCGGCAAAGCCGUCGGUAUUUACAACGAGCAACCUCGAGGGCGAGGAGCGAGUGAUCAAGGGUAAAGGCAGCUACGCAUUCCUAAUGGAAUCCACUUCUAUCGAAUACGUAAUCGAGAGGAACUGCGACCUCACUCAAGUCGGCGGUCUCUUGGACUCGAAAGGAUAUGGCAUUGCUAUGCCGCCGAAUUCGCCGUACAGGACAGCCAUAAGCGGCGCGAUCCUGAAGCUGCAAGAAGAGGGGAAGCUGCAUUUGCUGAAGACGCGCUGGUGGAAGGAGAAACGUGGCGGAGGAUCUUGCAGGGACGACACCUCGAAGAGCAGCUCGACGGCGAACGAGCUGGGCCUCGCGAACGUCGGCGGCGUGUUCGUGGUUCUGAUGGGCGGGAUGGGGAUCGCUUGCGUGAUAGCGGUAUGCGAGUUCGUUUGGAAAAGCCGGAAGGUCGCCAUUGAGGAACGGAAGUCCGUAUGCUCGGAGAUGGCGAGCGAGCUGCGCUACGCCCUGGACUGCGGGAACGGCACGAAAAAACCAGUGAAAAAGCCGCUGUGCCGUCGCGAAAGGGAGCAGUCCAAUCUGUCGAUCGUCUCCGAGGAGGGAAAAUACCCGGCGUGCAACAAGUACAGGCACUUCGUCGGGAAAGCGCCGCUAACCUGAGCCCGAAACGAUCAAGACGGACGACGGGCCGACGGAUAAUCCCGGUAUCCCUGUGUUUCCGACGGACUUGAAAGCCGCGAUCGAUCGUCGCCGGAGAAUCAGCGAGAGUCGCUCGGAGUCGGAGCCCUGUGUCUAGACGAACGGAAUUCGCCUUUGACUUCUAUGCCCCACGUAAAAUACGCCUCUAAGAAGCUAUCCGGCUACCUGCAAGCCAACAUUGCACAGGGGCAAAGGCGAUCGUCAGUUUGCUUCGUCUAAUCCCCUGUAAAGGACCCUAUACGCAGUGAGGCGUGUGAGAUGAUUGGUCAGAUCGAUUAACUACACUAUUUCAGUUUCUUAGGAUUUCAUGGAUAUCUUAACCUUUCGUGUCUAAUUAAUUUGUCUAUUAUUGGAUUUCACACCGUGGGAUAAGAAACAUUCUUUUCGCUGUAUAGAAAUUGAAAUAAUGAUGAAGAUUAUUCGAUGGGUAUAGUGUUUCAUACAUUUUACAUGUAGAUGGGAACUGUACUUUUAAUAAUAAUGUAUUGUUAUAUAAUGUUUAGGUAAGUUUUUAUUUAAGCGGAAGUUUGAGUAUUUAUUUAAACCAUUGCACCAUUUUUCUGUGUUCCUUAUUUUAUGAUCAUAUGUUCAUAUUGUACGGUGGAAAAGACUCAAAUUUGUCUCGACACGUGUCUCAUCGUGUAUAGGGAUCUUAAGAAAACUCUUAAUAUGUAGUAAAGUCUUCAUGUCCGCUGUUGUGAUAAUCGUUCCAAAUACAUAAGAAAAUGUAACACAAGGAAACCACGGACAUAAAAUCCCACGUCAACGUCACUCCUAUCGUAGCACCUCACUUCGUCAUAUUUUAUUUCGCUUGUUCCAUUACUACGGCCGAUAACGACAAUGUGACGGAACCGAGAAGUCAGUGUUGCUACAACUGCCCCAUCGAACAAAUGCAAGAUUCCGCUUGCCCCUAUGCAAUUUCAGUUUGCUGAUAGUUGGCCAACUUCUGAGAAGCGUACUUUAUACGCUACCCUUUUGCUCCUUCGUUUCUCUUGUCGUUCCAUCUUCCUCUUUCUUUUCUCUCCCUUCUUCUUUAUUUGUUUCGAGCGGCGCAGCGAUGCGAGCCGCGCAGAGCAAAGGGUAGUUCGUCGGCCAGCACUGCUCCGGAAGAUCUCUAACGGCGUUCGAUCGUUAAUCGAAGCCAGCCGGGAAUUUAUUGUGCCGCGCGGGAGACAACGGCGGCGCCGAUCGCGCGGAAGGGAUUAACGGAAAAGAGGAGACGCGACCGUAGAGCAUCUUUGUCUUCUGUCGCGAUGCGACUGCGGAGGAUACGGAUGUCUCUUGGCGAAAAAGGGAUCGGACGGGAUCGGAAGGGUUUACCGGAUCGCGAUGGAUGCGGUAAACGGAUGACUAUUUAUUGCCGCUUCGAGGGAGUCGGAAUCGACGGCUCGGCUUUCUUGGAACAUGAUUAGUGUUGUAGAUACUUAACCCAUUAUAGUAAGAAGUUUUCCCAAGAUGAGCAUCGUUCUUCUGUUGGAAGUGCUGGGCUGGGGCUGGUAAAGAUUAAUUCAAUGUUUUUUGUGAAAAAACAGUUUUUAUUGAUAGAAGUUAUUAAUUAAAAAUUGCAAUUAAGUUGAAUAGUUUGCAUUGACUUUUUCUUGUGUUUUCUAAUCUGGACGUGGUAUUGGAUAAAGUUAAUGUUGGCAGAGGUUUGUUAUCUUUUCAUCGAUAGAUUGGAUGUUUUAUUUGGGAAUUAAAAUUUUGUGAAAUUGGGAAUGGAUUUAUUGGAACUUGGGUGGUUUUUUAAUAGUAUUCGUGUAGAGAACUGUAAAGGAUUAAGCGUGUAAGUAUAAAAUUAUUCCUUAUUUGGUCACUUCUGUUUUCUUAUCCUAGAAGAAUAUUUAAUAUAGCUCCACCGUUUUAAAUGUAUAUUUCAAUUUUCCACCUUUCUAAUCAUUUUAAUCAAAUUACUCAAACGAAACUUGUGAUCCCGAUAAUUUACCUCCGGUAUAAAUUUCCCUCACAUCCCGCUUAAUAUCAAGUAAUUGAUAUUGAAGCUAAAUAUACUUUCCUGAAGCACAAUUAAAGUUAAAUGCUUCGCUUGUUAUUAAUUCCGAAAGCGAGGCUGCACAAUUGGUCGCGUGUCGUCGUCUCCCGCGCGAUAUGCACAGUACACAUAAUAUAGCGCACGACGAAUAAACGGUCGAGCGUCACGCGAACGAAAGUGUCAUCGAACUAACUCGAGGUGAAUCGAAAAUCAUCGACCACGCUCUUAAUUUCUAAAGAAAGUAUCCCGAUAUCAUUCGAGUCGACGAGAGAAUGCUGUACAAAAUGUCCCUGUCUGUUCGAUGGGCGUUCAGAUACACCAAUUUAGUGUAAAUAAUCGUAUUAACCGUUAAGAUCACGAAUUAUACGAUCGCGUCUAUACUCUGACAUUGUAUUAUAGGACGUUCACGGGGAGUGCAUCUAAUCGAACAUGUUCGUACGACUAGCCACAACGUGUUUCAUUACUUCCACCCUGUAAAGUCGAAUCGAAUAAAAUGUCUGCGAGGUGUUUCCGUUCCGACAUUGUAUCAACGCUUCAUCGGGUGUAGAUAGGACACGUGACUUCAUAUAUACACGUACAUUCUGUUUCAUCCUGUGUCUCGAAAAAACUCAUUCUUCCGCCGAUGUUCGAACUAUUUGCUGAUCAAUCUGCGAAAUACGCUGCUAUCUAAUGCUUCGAGUCGAUCUGGAUUAAUUCUUUGAACGUUACAAUUAUCACUGCACCGGAAGGGAGACCUUCAGUAAUGUUUCUUUCGUCAACAAAAGCUCGACCGUGAGAGAAUAAGAUAACAAUGGGGACUUUAAGGUAAAGGACUUCAAAGAAGUUACUUACCCGGUAACAAUGAAGAGAAGUUUCCUGCUCUCGAGACUAAAGCUCACAAAAAUCUAGUCUCGAGUGGACACCGAAAUCUUUGUUUCUCACGAUGGUAACUCUCAUGUGGACGCGCGGCUUAAUAUUUGACUUUCUACCAAGUAGAAUAGGAUAACCUUAAACCGGGCAUUCAGGAAUUGUAUUUCUAGACCCCUGUUGAAGACACGUUUCGUCGAACUUCUUUUUCUCUAGAAGUUGAAUUAACUUCAAACUGUACUCUUUAUUAAAUAAAAAUAAUUAUUCUCACAGUAACAAAUUUCCAAAAUUAAUAAUAACCGAUCAAUAUGAUCCUAUCAAAAAUUCAUACAGUUUGAAUCUCUCUAAAUCCGUUUAAAUGACGAACAUAGUUCCAAUGUCUCGAUACUUCCAUCAAUCCCAGCAAAGGGAUAUAAAAUACAAAAAACUUACAUAUUUUAUUGCGUGCAUUGCAUUCUAUCAUUUUUCUGAAAUAUACCGAUAAUAUCCUUCCGCCAGUUCUCUAUAGACGAACGCAGUCUUCCAAUCAGUCUGGCUGGAGUGCCCCGCGUUCAAUAGAUUAAGCCAGAUUACGGAUUAACAGAAUUAAUAGAAAGUCGAUUUCGCAACUGGCGCGUUGCUAUUCACGAACGCCACGAACUGAGCAGUGUUAAUUUCCGUCUUCCUUCUCUUACGGUGUAAACAGUUGCGAAUGUCGUACGUGCCGCUGAAUGAUCGAUUUCCGGUCGCAGAUAGAUCAGCGCGAUGCAAUUAGCCACGAAUAUUCGGAACAGCCGAUCCUCAAAUUGGAUCGUCAUCUCGCGUUCUGGAUAACGACCGAGCCCCCUGUCAUCGUACCACGAACUUUGUCCGUCGUUUUUUACUCUCGACUCAAAUAUUUACCUUGUCGACGUACACACGAACACACACACACACAUACACACAUGCACGCACACGCAUACCGAACGAAUCGAACCGUAAACGUACAAAGACGCUCGAUAUACACAUUAACGGCGCGCCCGCGCGUGUUGAAACACGUUAAUUGUAAAUAUUGUCUGUACCACAAGAUUCACCGCGUUCACGUCGAAAACGAGUUUGUUAAAAGCCUAUUGAUUAUACUUCUUACGUAAAAGUGUACUACGAACAUUAUAUUAAACGUGAAUAAACUCAUCGUCUGUAAAUUCUCAUUCACCGUGUUCUGCCUUUACUUCGAAGAAGCACACCUUCCUUCCCUCUUAAUGGUAAAAUGUUCAGUUUACUC